AUGCGUUCCCAAGCUGCGCGUAUAAUCAAGACCCCUCUUAGGCAUCGUGCCCUCGUUCAGCCUGCAACGCUACUCCGACCCUACUCUACCUCCGCCCGCAACACUCGUCCGACAGUAGGCUCCAAAGUACUCCGAGCCGCCCCGACGAUCCCAUUCUUUGGCGCCUUCUUCAGCUCAAACAAGCCUGACGACUCAAAAGAAAAUAUGUCGUAUCCUGAUCAGCGAAGCGAAGCCGAGUGGAGGGCGGUUUUGAAUCCUGAGCAGUUCCGGAUCCUCCGCGAGAAGGGAACAGAGCGCCCCGGCACUGGUGAAUAUGAUUCCCACUCUCCUUCGACUGGUGUAUAUAACUGCGCCGGUUGCAACGCACCACUGUACAAGGCCGACCACAAAUUCAAGUCUGGCUGUGGUUGGCCUGCCUAUUUUGACUCUAUUCCCGGUGCUGUAAAGAGACAUGUGGAUAGCACCUUUGGUAUGAAGCGCACGGAAAUUACCUGCAGCAACUGCGGAGGUCAUCUUGGUCACGUCUUCGAGGGUGAAGGGUAUCCGACCCCGACCGAUGAGCGUCACUGUGUGAAUAGUGUUAGUCUGCGGUUUACAGAGGAUGAAGGGACCAGUGGAAAGCCCAAGGCGUAA